AUGUCGUCCUCUCUUCCAAUAGGACAAACUUACACCAUUUGUCGAUCACGAUCGUCAAACUUUCGCAAGAAAGCUCUCAUCAUACAUGGAGAUGAACCGGAUCAUUUCUUUUCCUGUGCUUGCGAGAAAUUUGCUGGGUUCGUUCGAGAUCCACAAGUCUUUGUGUGGCCUCCUAAGAAUUUUACAUUCCAACCUGACCGACCUGAUGAUAGUUUUGCCUUUUUGAGUGGAGUUGAUUUAAUUCAUCAGCUCGAUUUGAUUGAUCCACAAGCGCAUUCCGCAGAAUAUUUGCGAACACAAUAUUCACUGAUUGUUUUUCCACUCUAUGCCGGCUCUGGUACAAUGACAGGGGAGCAGGCAAAGCGUUUUUCAGAAGUGAUCAGUAUGAUCAAAAAAUUGAUUAUUCAAAAACAAAUUACAGUUCUGUUUUUGAGAGGAAGUGCAAAUAGUGUACCAUCUCGAUUGGGCUAUAUGUCUGAUGAAGGCUCUCAAGAUGGCUUUGUUGGAUAUACAUUAGAGUCCACUCUGGAAUUGAACAUGAAUGAAUUGAACGAGUUGGCAGUCCGGAGUAGAGUGUUGACAGAGUUUCUAAAUUCCAAACUAUUGUCGGAAUGCUCCACGAUCAGAAUGGAUGAACAGCUUAACAAGAUUGUGACAAUUCAAAAUGCAUCCUUUCUAUGUGGAAUACCAAGAGGACAUUUGAAGGAUCGUUCCUCUUGGCAUUUGCUUAUUAGUUCUUCAUCAGAGUUGAAGGAUUGUCUAUUAAUUCACAAGGAACAUCGAGUAUUUUUCACUCCAUGGUAUGGAAUGCCAACCAAUGAAAACAUGUCCCAUCACAUUGUGAAAUAUUUCUGUAAAUUCAUGGUUGAAGAAUAUUUCGUAAAAAAUGGUGGUGCUGAUUUUCAAGUCAAGAUGAAAAGCAAAUAUCAAAAUCAACAAUUAAUAGACAUUGUUGUUGUAAAUAUGUGA